CUCUCUCGUUGAAUGGUUUCCCUCUGACGAAGCGAAGCCAGGCCUGGGUUUCAGGAGUUCCGCCCACAGUUAAGAUGGCCGCGGCAGGCCAUGUGCGGGGGUUGCUCCGGGUCCCUCCGGGUUGGCGCUGCGGCCCCUGCCGGGCUCGCUCCGCCGCCGCCGCCUGCCCCCCGGCCGGGCAGGUCCGCCAGGCCUUUCUCCGCUUUUUCCAGGAGCAGCACGGACACCGGCUGGUGCCCUCGGCCCCGGUGCGGCCCCGCGGGGACCCCGGGCUCCUCUUUGUCAACGCGGGCAUGAACCAGUUCAAGCCCAUUUUCCUGGGCACAGCACAUCCCCGAAGUGAACUGGCACAGUACCAGCGUGUGGUGAACAGCCAGAAAUGCGUGCGUGCUGGCGGGAAGCACAAUGAUUUGGAUGAUGUGGGCCGAGAUGUUUACCACCACACCUUCUUUGAGAUGCUGGGGAACUGGUCCUUUGGGGAUUACUUCAAAGAGGAAGCAUGUGGCAUGGCAUGGGAGCUCCUAACACAGAUCUAUGAGAUCCCAAAAGACCAUCUCUACAUCACCUAUUUCGGAGGAGAUGCCUCACUGGGUUUGAGCCCAGAUGAGGAAAGCAGGGACAUAUGGCUCAGCCUAGGGGUGCCUCCCAGUCACGUGCUUCCUUUCCCACUGAGGGAAAACUUCUGGGAGAUGGGUGAGACGGGCCCUUGCGGCCCCUGCACCGAGAUCCACUACGACCAUGUGGGUGGCGGCAGGCACGCGGCAGGACUGGUGAACCAGGACAGCCCUGAUGUGGUGGAGAUCUGGAACCUGGUCUUCAUGCAGUACAGCAGAGAGGCUGAUGGGAGUCUGCGUCCAUUGCCCCAGCACCACGUGGACACGGGGAUGGGCCUAGAAAGACUGGUGACGGUUCUGCAGAGCAAAUGCUCCAACUACGACACAGACCUCUUCACCCCCAUCCUGGAUGCUAUCCACAAGGGCUGCGGGGGGCCUGGGUACCAGGGCCUGGUGGGGGAGGCCGAUGUCGGGUCUGUGAACAUGGCCUACCGCGUGGUGGCGGAUCAUGUGCGCACCCUGUCCGUGUGCAUUGCCGACGGCGUGUAUCCUGGCAUGUCCGGAGCCGAGCUGGUGCUGCGCCGCAUCCUGCGCAGGGCUGUCCGGUUCUGCUCUGAAGUUCUCCACGCUCCGCCCGGGUUCCUGGCCAGCUUGGUUCCUGCCGUGGUGGAAGUUCUGGGUGAUGCCUAUCCGGAGCUGAGGAAGAAUACAGACCAGAUUAUGAAUAUUAUCAAUGACAAUGAGGCUGCAUUUCUCUCCUCCCUCCUGCGGGGGCGGCGUAUCAUUGACAGGACUCUGCAGCAGAUGGGUCCCUCCAAGCUCUUCCCAGCGGAGGUGGCCUGGUCUCUCUAUGGAAACUUGGGGUUCCCUCUAGAUUUGAUUGGCUUGAUGAUUGAAGAAAAGGGGAUCCAAUUGGACUGGGCAGCUUUGGACCAGCUAGCCCAGGAAGAUGCUAAGCGGAAAGCUCGGACCCAGCAGGCAGAACAACUGGAAGGCUCCGGCGUGCGAUUGGAUGUGCAUUCGCUGGCUCAGCUGCAGAGGGACGGUGUGCCUGCUACUGACGACUCGCCGAAAUACGCCUACACACUCGGGCAGGACGGGAGAUAUGCAUUUAGCCCGUGCCAGGCCACCGUCUUGAUGCUAUACAAAGAUCAGUCUCUUCAGAAGGAGGUUGGAGCAGGCCAGCGCUGCGGAGUCCUCCUGGACAGGACCAGCUUCUAUGCAGAACAGGGAGGGCAGGCACAUGAUCGGGGCUACCUGGUGCGCCUGGGACAACAGGACGUACUCUUCCCGGUGGAGUCAGUUCAGCUCUCUGGUGGCUACGUGAUCCAUGAGGUCACAGCCCCCGAGAUCCUGCAGGCUGGGGAUCGAGUGCUACUCUUUGUGGAUGAGGCUCAGCGGCUGGCCUGCAUGGUGAACCACACCGCCACCCAUCUGCUGAGCUUUGCGCUCCGCCGUGUCCUAGGAGACCAGACAGAACAGCGAGGGUCCCACGUGAUUGCUGAGCAGCUGCGAUUCGACUUCAGUACCCAGGCCCCAGUGACCACGCAGCAGCUGCAGGAAGUAGAAGGUGUGAUCCAGGAAGUGGUUGACCAGAAUGAAAUUGUCUAUAUGGCAGAAGUCCCCCUGGCACUGGCAAGUGGCAUUCAGGGACUCCGGACCAUGGAUGAGGUGUAUCCAGAUCCAGUGAGGGUGGUAUCCGUGGGGGUCCCCGUAGAAAGUGCACUGAUGCCCAACUCUCAGGCUGCAAUGGAGACUUCUGUGGAGCUGUGCUGUGGGACGCACUUACUGCAGACAGGAGCUGUGCAGGAUCUGACCAUCACCUCCGAGCGUCAGCUGGUUAAAGGGAUCAGUCGCAUCAUCGCGGUGACUGGGGAACAAGCCAAGCAGGCCCGGGAAGCAGGCCAGUCCUUGGCUAAAGAAGUGGACUCGCUCUCUGCACGGGUGAAACAGGGAAGCUCUUCCCUUCCUGAGGUGCAGAGCCUCUCCAAGGAGGUGGGCCACCUGACUGAAGAGGUGGGCAGCACUGCGAUGCCUCAGUGGCAGAGAAGGGAACUGCAGGCCAUUCUCAAAGCCCUGCAGAGAGCAGCAAACACAGCGAUUAGAAAACUAGAAAUCAGACAGGCUGCAGAGAAGGCGCAAGGCCUGCUGGAGAAGCAUUCCAAGCAGCCACUCAUCAUCGAUACCAUCCCGUCCGACUCGCUCUCAAUCCUCAUGAAGGUGGUGAACCAGCUUUGUGACAAGUCUCCUGGGGCUUCGGUGUUGCUGCUCAGCCCGCAGGCGUCCGGCGAGGUGCUCUGUGCCUGUCAGGUGUCCAAGAGUGCUCUGCCCACGUUGUCCGCUGCGGACUGGGCCCUGGCUGUCUGUACUCACAUGGGAGGCAACGCAGGGGGCUCUGGCAUUGUCGCCAAGGGUACUGGGAACACCAAGGACCUUCAGGGGGCCCUGACUGCUGCACUGGAGUUUGCCCGGAGUAGACUGUGAAGUAAGCAUGAUUCCUUGUUUUGUGGGGUCAGCUGGAGCCAGCAGAGCUACCAGCCUCUCGUCUCAGGGAUGUUGCCACAGAGCUGUCCCUUUGCUGCACCACAUUUCAGCCUCCGACCAGCUCUGUGUCUUGGGUGGCUUAGCAGCUCCCAUUGCUGAACGCUGCUGCCAAGCACUGUGGAUCAGGGAUAUCUGGCUUCCUGCCACCGGGGGUCAACAUAGGAAUAGGGGCCAGAGUCGGCCGACCAUCCUGCCCCAUAGGACUGACUGGAGGAAGCAGCUGACUGCUUCUGGCCGUCUAGCCUGGAUUCAUGGGGAUUGUCACAGAAGGAGUCAGUUUUAAUCCGGCUUGCAGGGAGGUUGUGGCUGCUAGAGGGGUGAUCCUGUGCCAUGGCUGGGAGAGAUUUACCGCCAUGUGAGCCACACUCACAAGGAAGCUCUGUUGGGGAGAAGGGGAACUGUGCAAUGGUAUCCUGAAGCUAAUAAAGAACUGAGAUUGGCUGA